GUGGAUCCUGGAGAAUUAUUACCACGAUUUCCCGGUCUACAACCCCGCCCUGCUCAACCUCCCCAAAUCCGUCCUGUCCAAGAAAAUGUCCGGCUUUAAGGUCUAUUCCCUCGGCGAGGAGAACUCCACCAACAAUUCCACGGGGCAGCCUCGGGCGGUGAUCGCGGCGGCGGCGCGGCGACGCGACAACAGCCACAACGAGUUCUACUACGAGGAGGCGGAGCACGAGCGUCGGGUGCGGAAACGCCGCGCCAGGCUGGUGGUGGCGGUGGAGGAGGCCUUCACACACAUCAAGGCCCUCGAAGUUUCUGUGGGGUCAAAAUUUGGGAUCCCCCAUUCCCUGUGAUUUCUCACCCCAAAU